AUGGAGGCUGAGAAGGAAGUGUUGAUCGACCAGAAGUAUCUGGACAAGCAGAGCCGCACCAUCGGCACCUAUGGCCUCGAGACCAUGACAAAGCUGAUCUCCUUCAAGGUUAUUAUUGUGGGCUGCGGUGGCGUUGGGAUCGAGAUCGCGAAGAACCUGGCACUCGCUGGCAUUCACACCAUCCGCCUCUAUGACCCUCGCAAGCCGACGGUUCAGGACAUGGGCGUGAAUUUUGCCGUCACGUCGCAGUCCAUGGCAUCGGGCAAGACGAUGGCGGAGCUGUCUGCCGCCUAUAUUUCGGAGCUGAACCCGAACACACGCGUUCGGGCGCUUGCAGAGCUGACGACGGCCACCGUCGCGGACAACGUCGCCCUCGUCUUCACGGCCGCCGCGCCGGAUCUCAGCCUGACAACGCUGAGCGAAUGGAACACUUUCUGCCGCAAUCACACGCCGAGCAUCUCAUUUGUGCUGGCACUUCAAAUGGGCACGAUGGGCUCCGUGUUCGCGGACCACGGCCCUUCCUUCGUCGUCAAGGACGUUGAUGGACGCCCCAUGCUACAGAAGGUGAUCACGGAAGUGGUGACGCUGCGUGACAAGACGGGCGAGAUGUACACACGCAUCCGCUACGAGACACCAGAGGGGCAGACGCCCGGGGCCUUGCGCGACUUUACACAGAUCAAGCUGAGCGAGGUACAGGGGCUCCUGAAACCGGACGGCGCCUCCGUGAAUGGUCAGGUGUAUGACGGCGUCGUCUGCCCCUCCGACCCGCGCGAUUCGGUCCGUGUGUACCCGGCGUUCGAGGCGCAGGGGUACAGCUCGUAUGAGACAGGGGGGUUUCUUCACGAGCUGAAGGAGGUGAAAGUGCUCCCUUUUCGGCCCCUCAGCGAGGCGCUGGCGGCGCCAGGCACUUUCGUCCCAGUGAGCCCGAUGAUGGAUAACUCUGAGGAGUCGCUGACCCACGUGGCGCUGCAUGCGCUGCUGCGUUACGCCGACGCGCACGCAGGAAAGCUGCCUGAGCUGCACAACGCAACGCAGGCCGCUGCGGUGGUUGAGCUAGCCAAGAAGGUGCUGGAGGAGAAUAAGGCGAUGCCGGCGCCGCCGGAACAGCGGACCACCGGCACGCCCAGCAACGCGGAGUUCCCGUACAAGGUGCCGCCGCCGCCCCCGCCGGCGCCGUUGGUCCUCGAAAGCCUGGAUGAAAAGGCGGUGAUGGCGGAAGCGCUCCUCGCUCGUGCGGAGCUUCAACCCCUCGCCUCCUUCUUUGGCGCCGUCGUAGCGCAGGAGAUUGUGAAGAUUACCGGUAAGUACUCGCCGAUCCACCAGUGGUUCCACCUCUCUUGCGCAGCCGUGCGGCCCGAAUGGACCGACCACAGCAGUGAAGAGUUCCGCCCGAUGAACUCGCGCUACGAUCACAUCAUCUCCAUCUUUGGCAAGGGCUUCCAGAAACAGCUGCAGAACCUGCGCCUCUUCAUGGUUGGGUGCGGGGCACUCGGCUGCGAGAACGUCAAGAACUUCGCACUGUGCGGCAUCACCUGCGGCACCGGCGGCUCCCUCGUCGUGACCGACAACGACCGCAUCGAGGUGUCAAACCUCAGCCGGCAGUUUCUCUUCCGCGAGGAGAAUGUCGGGCAGUCCAAGUCGGCGGCUGCGGCGGCCCGCAUGCGCCAGAUGAAUCCCGAUGCGAACGUGGACGCUCGCCAAGACUUCAUUGGCACAAUCACCGAGCACCUCUACCCCGACACUUUCUGGCAGUCGCUGAACGUCGUCGUCAACGCGCUGGACAACAUAGAGGCCCGCCUCUAUGUCGACCAGCAGUGCGUCCGCUUCCAGAAGGUGCUCGUCGAGGCGGGCACAAUGGGCACCGGCGGCAACGUAGACAUUAUCGUUCCCGGCAGGACGUCGUCGUACGCCGACGGCGGCGCGGCGGAUCAGACAGGUGGCAUUCCCAUGUGCACGCUGCGCAACUUUCCGUACAUCUACGACCACUGCAUAGAGUGGGCCCGCGCGCAGUUCGACGAUAUGUUCGUGUCCCCAAUGCAGACGGCGCAGCAGAUCAUCGAAGACCCUGCCGCUUUUGCCCAGCGCAUCCACCAGGAGGUUUCUAGUGGCUCAAGCGCUGGCGAGCGGCGUAGCCUCAUUGACAAGAACUUGGGCCCGCUCAAGUUGCUGAAGCGGACGCUGACGAUUCUUACCGAUGGGCCGACGAUGGACAGGUGUGUCGCGCUUGGCUGGGAGCAGCUCUUCAAGAUGUUCCGCGACCGUAUUCUCGAUCUGCAGGCGGCCUUCCCGCGCGGCGCCAAGAAGAAAAACGGCGAGGAUUUCUGGUCUGGUCACCGCAAGUAUCCGACAGCGCUCCAGGUGACGGCCGCGGACAUUGUGACGAAUCCAGACGCAAAGCACUUCCUGGUGGCGGCGAUCAACCUGUAUGCGUGCAUGUUCGGUGUCCACCCGCCCAAGCAUGAGGCGCGCUUCAACGAUGAGAAGAACCGCUGGAUGCAGGAGUACCGUACGGACGAGUGGAUUCAGGCAGAGGCGAACAAGCUGUUGACGCCGACGUACGUGGCUGGCUCUGUCGACAACCUCGACGACGACUUGGCAGCCGAUGCGCAGGAGGGCAAGCAAGUUUCUAUGGAGGAGUCCGAGACCGAGCUGCAAGGGCUACUGGCGGAUGUUGCCGCUCUGGCAACCAAGUGCAAGGGCAGCAAGGCGGCUGCGCUGGAGUUUGAGAAAGAUGACGAUGAUAACUUCCAAAUCGACUUUAUCGCUGCGGCAAGCAACCUGCGCGCCGAGAAUUACGGAAUUCCGACGCAGGAUCGGAUGAAAGUAAAGCUUGUCGCCGGAAAAAUCAUUCCUGCCAUCGCGACUACAACGUCCGCCGUGACGGGCCUGGGGCUUAUCGAGCUCUUCAAGGUCUUGCAGAAUAAGGACGUCUCGGUGCUGCGUAAUGGUAUGCUGGACGUGGGCACAAACAACUACGUUCUCUUUGAGCGCGAUCUGCCCAUCAAGAACCUCACCAAAGUGGUGGCCACCUACAUCCCGGAGCAGGACUACACGUACAAAAAGAAGAUCAUCCGCGUGCCGGAGGGGUUCACCAAGUACGACAUGAUUCGCAUCCCUGUCACGCCGGCGACCACGGUGAAGGCGUUUGCGGCGACGCUCGAGGCUGUGCUAAACAAGACCCUCCCCGAUGGUGUCGACUACGCGUACGAGGUGGACGGGAUCGGUUUCGGCAAGGGUAUGCUGUGGAACGGCCGCUCGAGCCACGCAAACACGAAUGCGUCUCUCAUGAAGGUGAUUGAGCAGCAAAAGGCGAGUGAGGCUGGCGGCACGCUACCGGCUCCGUUUUGGCAGAACCGCUUCCAGUUCUGCGACCUUUCCGUGACGGUUUCUAUCGACGACGGAGAUGACACUGUGGACGAGGUGGAUGUGGAGACGGCCACUGUGUGCCUUGAAAUUCAGCAGUAG